GGGUUGGAAGACAGGCUGCCACGGUCUCAGAAUCUGGGGAGAAGCAACGGAGCGAGCUGAGGAGCAUCGUGGCAUGGCUGGCAUCUGACGUUUUCUUCCUGGAUGUUUCUUCAACUGUCUUGUGAUGGAAAGGAAAUAUUUUUGAAGUUAUAAUGGAUUUUACACAACAUCAUAACGAAAACUGGCCUAAUAUCAGCAUUUCUGUUUGAAGGGAAUAAGUGUAAUUGCAAAUAAUCAUGACAACUUCUCAUAUGAAUGGACACAUCACAGAAGAUUCUGAUAGUGAAGCAAAAAAUGUGGAUCUUGCAUCUUCUGAGGAACCUCAGAAGCACAGAGAAAUGGCUGUUGAUUGCCCUGGGGAUUUGGGCUCUAGGAUGAUGCCCAUGCGGCGGAGUGCUCAACUUGAGCGAAUCCGUCAGCAGCAAGAGGACAUCAGGCGCAGACGGGAAGAAGAGGGAAAGAAGCAAGAACUGGACCUUACUGCUUCCAUGAGGCUAAAGAAAUUAGCACAAAUUCCUCCUAAAACUGGAAUAGAUAAUCCAAUAUUUGACACAGAAGAAGGAAUUGUUUUGGAGAGUCCUCAUUAUACUGUGAAGACACUAGAAGUGGAAGAACUCUUAACUUCUCUUAAGCACAUCCAGCAUGUUUUGGUAGACCCUCAGAGCCAGGAGGAUAUCUCUCUCAUUUUACAGCUUGUUCAAAAUACUGAUUUUCAGAAUGCAUUUAAGAUACACAAUGCUGUUACAGUGCACAUGAACAAAGCCAGCCCUCCGUAUCCUCUCAUCUCCAAUGCACAAGAACUAGCACAAGAGGUACAGAGUGUUUUGAAACCCAGUCACCACAAGGAUGGGCAGGAGCUAAAUGCUUUGCUGAAUGCCCCUCACAUGCAGGCACUUUUACUGGCUCAUGAUAAGGUUGCAGAACAGGAAAUGCAACCAGAGUCUGUGACAGAUGAAAAAAUUUAUGAAAAUGUUGGCGUGUAUGGAGGGGAGACAGUUAAAAUAGUUCGCAUUGAAAAAGCUCGGGAUAUUCCAUUGGGUGCUACUGUUCGCAAUGAAAUGGAUUCUGUUAUCAUUAGUCGAAUAGUGAAAGGAGGUGCCGCAGAGAAGAGUGGGCUGUUACAUGAAGGGGACGAAGUUCUGGAAAUUAAUGGCAUUGAGAUUCGUGGAAAAGAUGUUAAUGAAGUUUUUGAUUUGUUGGCUGACAUGCAUGGUACUCUGACCUUUGUAUUGAUUCCCAGUCAGCAGAGCAAGCCACCUCCUGCGAAGGAAACAGUUAUACACGUGAAAGCGCAUUUUGACUAUGAUCCCUCUGAUGACCCUUACGUCCCCUGCCGAGAGUUAGGCCUAUCUUUUCAAAAAGGAGAUAUACUCCAUGUGAUCAGCCAAGAAGAUCCGAACUGGUGGCAGGCUUACAGAGAUGGAGAUGAAGAUAAUCAGCCAUUGGCAGGCCUUAUCCCUGGAAAAAGUUUUCAGCAACAAAGAGAAGCAAUGAAGCAAACCAUAGAAGAAGACAAGGAGCCAGAAAAAUCAGGAAAACUCUGGUGUGCGAAGAAAAACAAGAAGAAACGGAAAAAGGUUUUAUACAAUGCAAAUAAAAACGAUGAUUAUGACAAUGAGGAAAUUUUGACCUAUGAGGAAAUGUCAUUGUAUCAUCAACCGGCAAACAGGAAACGACCUAUUGUUCUGAUUGGCCCACAGAACUGCGGCCAAAACGAGCUGCGGCAGAGACUUAUGAAUAACGAAGUGGAUCGCUUUGCCUCUGCAGUUCCCCAUACCACUCGGAGCAGGCGAGAGACCGAAGUAGCUGGCAGGGAUUACCAUUUCAUUUCCCGACAGGCAUUUGAGAGUGACAUAGCUGCAGGGAAGUUCAUUGAGUAUGGAGAGUUUGAAAAGAACCUCUAUGGUACCAGCAUAGACUCCGUGCGGCAAGUAAUCAACUCUGGCAAGAUAUGCCUUUUAAAUCUUCAUACCCAGUCACUGAAGACACUACGUAAUUCUGACUUGAAGCCAUAUAUUAUAUUUGUUGCACCACCUUCACAAGAGAGAUUACGUGCUUUAUUGGCCAAAGAAGGGAAAAAUCCAAAGCCAGAAGAGCUGAGAGAGAUCAUAGAGAAGACGAGGGAGAUGGAACAGAACAAUGGCCACUACUUUGAUACAGCAAUUGUGAAUUCGGAUCUUGACAAGGCGUACCAAGAGUUACUUCGGUUAAUAAACAAACUUGACACAGAACCCCAGUGGGUGCCCUCUACCUGGCUACGAUGAGAGAGCAAUUUCAAGAGACAAAGGGACUUCAAUCUAGUAAUCUUUCCAGGGAGAACGUGUGUAGCUCUGCCCUAUUCCAGUAUAAAUGUGUGUGAGCUCUAGACCUCAGUGGCUGCGUCCUUUGCCAGUGAAUUGCGUAUUAUUGAAAAAAUACGCUCCUCAGCUUGUGAGCCGAUUUAACUGAUCUAAAGAUUGUUCAAGUUUUCUUUCUCAGUGGUCUAAAGAUGGAGACUUUGGCUAAAUUCUAAAGCUUUAGAUGGAUUUUUCUAGCAACUACUUUUAUACGUAAAUUCACCUUUUUUUACCUAGUAUCACCCUUAUGAAAUCAAAGAUUUAAAGUGUGUGUGUAUAUACAGUCCAUGCUGUCACAUAGUUAUAAAUAUGAAUAUUAUUUAACACUUAACUUAAUGACUUUGUGGGACAUGAUGGUAGUUCAGGAGCAUAAUUCUACAGAUCAUUGGGCAGAGAAAUAAUCUACACAGGAAAAAUGUUAUUAACGAGAAAUCUGUUAAAAAAAAAAAAAAACAACCACAGAAUGAAGAUGCUGCUCUGGUCUGGAGCUGCCCUGUGAGGCUUGAGUUAAUAUUUUAAUUCUCAAACAUUCCACUUUCUGAUAGCACUGUAAUUGGAAAAUGUGUAUAAUGUAAAUAUUUCAAUCCUUGUGUCUUUUUAGUCAGACUUUUAAAAUCGGAUUUGACUGCACAUUAAUUUUAGGUCCAAUCAAAGGUGAAUAUUAUAUUGAUCUUUUAGAUGUGAUAUUUUUAUGGAAUUUUCUUUAAAACAUAUUGACUGAUUGGAGCUGCUGUUUUCCACAAAACUUUAGAGAACUUUAGAAAGGCAGAGGUUAUAUUUUUGUGAAAAAUACAUAGUUAUAAGACGUGCUGCUUAAAAGUCAACUUAAGUUCUCAUGUUUUAUAACCCAAUACUGACUAGAAUAGACUGAUGUGCUGAACAUUGGAAGGUAGUGGGGUUUUUUAAUCUCUGAAAAUAGUUCAUCUUGUGGCUGUUGGUCUAAUGGAUAACUAACUGGAAUUAAAGUAGCUGAGUGUGUAAAACUCAGUGGUUUUAUAACUGAGUAAUGUAAUUCACUACCCAACAUACUGUCCUGCAUUUGCUCAGUGCUGCAGUGAAAGUAUGUGUAAAACACUGGUAAAUGACUGAGAAGUCACAAUUUGUAAUUGCUAAAACAAACAAAAAACUUGAAACAAGUGAACAAAAAGCAAGGUCGGUCUGUAUCCCGGUGUGUUCUGCAAAGCAGGUGGGAACAUCUCUGCAUCCUCAAACGAUUCUGAGCUGUGAAGGUUUAACUACUAAGGCUGUGCAUCUGCAUUAGGGCUGUUCUAUCACUGAGUAGUAGUGUCUUGGAUGUUUUGCUUUUGGGUAGCACAAAGAACCUUGACUGUGAAUAUCUCUUCAAUUUAGCCAUAGUGUUUCUUUGUUCCUGCAGGUAAAACACUGGAGUUACGUCAAUGUGUAGUUCACUCCUGUCUGAUGUUGAAGGAUGAAAAAGUAGUUGAUUUUUUUUUUUUCCAUUCUCUACUGCAUGUAUUCUUUCGUCCAAUGUUAAUGGAACAAAUUCACACCCAUAGUUAAAUAGAGAGCUCAAAGUAUCCAGCAGAUACAAAGAAAUUGUCAGAUAACUUUCCUAGUUACUGAACUAACACUCAGUACAUUUUUGUAUUGAAAAAUGGAAGUAUAGAGUGCAUUUGUGUCUUGUUAGUAAGCAAAAUUAUUUGCUGGUUCAAUUAGUAUUUAGGGCUGAAAAGCAAUUAAACAAUUAGUGGGGAUAAGUAAUGCCCUCCAGAAAGAAAUGGGGUUGGAAACUUUAAUAUCUUUAGUUCAAUUCAGUGUUAGAAAUAAUGACGUGCUGGCUGUUGGCCUAAGGGGUGGAUAUUCAAAAUAACAGCUUUUUGCCUCACAUUGCAGGCACUUUCUCAGUUUAAUCCAUAGUUUAUGACAACUACGAUGUUCAGGUAUAUUGGAUAGUCAGUGUUUCAUAGGUUACAAAAUACUGUAUCAAUUCUACCCUUUUUUUAAAAAAGAUGAUUGUAGAUAUAUUAGGCUUUUUGGUAUUGACUGUUCCAUAGUUGGACCAGAAGUUGGAAGGAAAGGGUAAAAUGUCUUCGUUAAGGUAACCGCGAUGGCUGCUGCUCCGCCCUCGGUAUCCCGUGUCCAUACACAGGGCCAGUCACAGUAAGUCAUGCCAUUAAUGUGUUUGACUAAUGUGUGUCUCCCCAGUUUUUCUGAAAUGGUGUACAGAAGCUGUUUUUAUACAAAUAAGCUUUUGAAUGUAGACUUAAAGAAUGUUGUUUGAAGUUCAGCUGUACUCUUUUAAUUCCCAAGGCACGUGGUACUCACUGACAUCCGCGUAGAGAGGUGCUAUGAUAGUUUAUAACCAAUGCUACCUUUCUCUCCUGCUGAGAGGAGAGGCUUGAGCAGCAGUCGGAAAUGAACCUGGCUGUCCAUCCGCUGCCAGCUUGGAAAUACCCUGUGUAAGAAAUUACUCUGCCUUCUUUGAUGAAGAAUGUGUGUUAAUUCCCUUGAGAGUAAAAGAGACUAUGCAAACUUCACUGGUCAAACUCUUCAACCUUAUCACAGGCUUUGUAGUGAGCUGUAUCAGACUGAAAUGAGGGUAUCUGCAUUUUUACCAGUCCAGAUUUAAUUAAAAAGACAUGUUAGCUGAAUUGCAUAAAAGAAAUUUUUGAAUGUAAUUAUAUGUGACUUUUUAAAAUAUGAGGGGUUUAAUGCCUUAAAUAAUUAAGGUAACUUUACUGAGACCUGUGGUUAGCCCCACAUUGUACUUUUAUACGUGUAUCUGCACUCUGUAUUUUGAGACAUCAUGAACUGCACACUAAUGUAAAAAUGUAAAAUAUUUCUAGAUUUAAAAUAAAUCACUGUACAAUUUUA